AUGCCACGUAAAAAGAUAGAUAAUAGAAUCAGGGUAUUGAUAGAAAAUGGAAUGGUUAACAAACAUAGAAGUAUGAUAGUUGUUGUAGGUGAUCAUGGAAAAGAUCAGGUUGUCAUUUUACAUCAUAUGCUAUCUAAAGCAGCAGUCAAAGCCAGGCCCUCAGUUUUAUGGUGUUAUAAAAAAGAGUUGGGGUUUAGUAGUAAUAGAAAGAAAAGAAUGAAACAGCUUCAAAAGAAAAUAAAGAGUGGUAAAUUGGAUGUACAAGAAGAUGAUCCUUUUGAGCUAUUUGUAGCUGCUACACAGAUACGAUAUUGUUAUUAUACAGAAACACAUAAAAUAUUGGGUAAUACUUAUGGCAUGUGUGUUUUACAGGAUUUUGAAGCACUAACACCUAAUUUAUUAGCUAGAACUAUAGAGACAGUUGAAGGUGGUGGGUUAAUAGUUCUACUGUUACGUACAAUGACAUCAUUAAAACAACUCUAUACAAUGUCUAUGGAUGUACAUUCAAGAUACAGAACUGAAUCUCAUAGUGAUGUUGUUGGUAGAUUUAAUGAAAGAUUUUUGCUGUCAUUGGCAUCGUGUCAAUCUUGUAUGGUUAUGGAUGAUCAGUUUAAUAUAUUACCAUUAUCUACUUUAACAUUGAAUAUAGAGGCUAUUCCACCCAAAUCAGCUGUAAUUGCCCACGUUCAUGUUGAUAACAAUUCCACCUUGUAUUUACAGGAUGAUCCAUUAAGUCCUCAAGAAAUAGAACUAAAAGAAUUACAGGAAUCAUUACAAGAUACACAACCUGUCGGUGCUUUAGCUAAUUGUUGUAAAACAUUAGAUCAGGCUAAAGCGGUAUUAAAGUUUGUAGAAGCUAUAUCUGAGAAGACAUUGAGAUCAACUGUAGUUAUGACUGCUGCUAGAGGAAGAGGGAAAUCUGCUGCUUUAGGUAUAGCUAUAGCUACUGCUGUAGGAUUUGGGUAUUCCAAUAUAUUUGUAACGGCACCAAGUCCUGAGAAUUUAAAGACAUUAUUUGAGUUUAUAUUUAAAGGUUUUGAUGCUCUAGAAUAUCAGGAACAUAUGGACUAUGAAAUAGUACAAUCAACUAAUCCUGAUUAUAACCAAGCUGUAGUUAGAGUCAAUAUAUUUCGUGAACAUAGACAGACAAUACAGUAUAUUCAUCCAUCUGAUGCUCAUAAACUAGGUCAAGCUGAAUUAGUAUGUAUAGAUGAAGCAGCUGCUAUACCUUUACCAUUAGUGAAAAAUCUACUAGGACCUUACUUAGUUUUUAUGUCUUCUACUGUCAAUGGGUAUGAAGGUACUGGUAGAUCAUUAUCAUUAAAACUAGUACAACAAUUACGACAACAAUCAGCUACGUAUGGUGGUAGUAAUAAAGAAAUACAGAAAGCAGCCAAUAUGGCGAGUGGGCGUAUACUUCAUGAGAUAGUUCUCACAGAAUCUAUAAGAUAUGCUAAUAAUGAUCCUGUAGAAGACUGGUUAUAUAAAUUAUUAUGUUUAGAUGCUACAAGUGUACCUAGAAUUAUUACUGGCUGUCCAUUACCAGAACAAUGUGAUCUAUAUUAUGUUAACAGAGAUACAUUAUUUGCUUAUCACAAAGCUUCGGAAUCUUUCUUACAACGUUUAAUGUCAUUGUAUGUCUCCUCACAUUAUAAGAACACACCUAAUGAUCUACAGUUAUUAUCAGAUGCUCCAGCUCAUCAUAUAUUUGUAUUAUUAGGACCAGUUAGUCCUACACAGAAUUCAUUACCAGAUAUACUCUGUGUUUUACAGGUAUGUUUAGAAGGUAAUAUAUCUAAGAAAACAGUUAUAAAUAGUUUAUCUCGAGGUAGAUCAGCAUCUGGUGAUUUGAUACCCUGGACAGUUUCACAACAGUUCCAAGACCAUGAUUUUCCAUUGUUAUCUGGUGCCAGAAUUGUCAGAAUAGCUACACAUCCUGAUUAUCAAUCGUUUGGUUAUGGAAGUCGUGCUAUUAAAGUUCUUCAAGAAUAUUAUGAAGGUAAAAUACCCAGUUUAAAAGAGGAUAAUGAUGAUAAUGAAACACAGAAGUUACCUACUGUGGACAAUGAGGAAUUUGAUAUAUUACAAGAAAGUCUAGCACCAAGAAAAAAUUUACCACCAUUAUUAUUAAAGUUAAAUGAAAGACAAGCUGAGAAAUUAGAUUAUCUUGGUGUGUCUUAUGGUUUAACUUCCAAUUUACUCAAAUUUUGGAAGAAAUGUGGUUUUGCUCCUGUAUAUUUAAGACAAACACCAAAUGAACUAACUGGUGAACAUUCUUGUAUUAUGUUAAAAAACUUGUCAUCAGAUCUUACUUCUACUGAUAAUGAUUGGUUACAUGAUUAUUGGAAAGAUUUCAGAAAAAGAAUGGUAUCACUCCUGUCCUACCAGUUUCGAAAUUUUAAACCAGCAAUGGCAUUAAAUAUAUUAUCACAGAAACAGUACAAACAUAAAGAUCAAAUAAAUUUGACCAGAAAAGAAUUGGAAUCCAAUAUGACAAGUUAUGAUUUAAAACGUCUAGAACUAUACUCACAGAAUAUGGUAGAUUAUCAUUUAAUAAUAGAUUUAUUACCAUGUGUUAGUAGAUUAUAUUUCUUAGGAUUAAUACCAGUUUCAUUAUCAGCAGUACAACAGGCACUGUUAUUGGGAUUAGGUUUACAACAUAAAACAAUAGAAGAUUUAGAGAAGGAAAUAGAAUUACCAGUCAGUCAGCUAUUAGCAUUGUUUAUUAGAAUUAUGAAGAAAAUUGUUCAGUAUUUCAAUGAGAUAUUAGAACAAGAUAUUGCUAAAGACAUGAUAACAGAAUCAGAUGUUAAAAUGAAUCCAGUAAAACAAUCCUUAGCUGAAGAUUUGAAUGAAGGAGCUGAUAUUGUGAUGGAGAAAGAAAAACAGAAUAUUGAGUCAUUAAUUAAAAAUGGUCUGGAGGAUUAUGCUAUUAAAGGAUCAGAAAAGGAAUGGCAAGAAGCUUUAGAAGAUGGUGGUGAGAAAAGUAGAUUAAGUAUCAAAAGGUUAGCAUUAUCAUUUUUUGCUUAUUUUCUUAUAAAUGACUGCAAAGAAAAAAUUGAUUCUUUGACACCAUGCUGA